AUGUAGCACAUACAUGAUUAUGGUAUAAUAAGAGAAGAAGAGAACAAAUCAAAAUUGAUCUAUGCAUCACCAUUAAAUGAACAUUUCUAAAACUUUUCAAAUCUCUUGUAAGUCGAAAAAGAAAGAUAAAAAUCCAAGAUAUUAAUACCAUUAGAUUUGAAUGUUAUCAACUAAUAAUAAAACGGAUUUAAAUCCUCUAGUCGUUAAAGUCCGAAUAAUUAUUUCACAAAUAAAUAAGUUCUUAGUGUUGAUAAGAUAAUGCAGAAAAUGACAAUUAAGCACUUUUCAGAUCAUCAGGUACCAAUUAAAAAAUAAGAAUUCUACGAAAGAUAAAUUAGAUGGUUAAAUUAGAUUAGAUAUGUAAACACAGUCAAGAAUCAAAAUAAACUUAAUUAAGAAAUUUAAAAUUGUCCAUUCAAGUCUUAUACUAGUUCUUAGAAGACCAUUAACAAAGAAAAAUAAAAAGAAAAUUCAAAAAGCAUACUGAGUCCAUAACACUGUAACAAAUCUAACAAAAGAAAUGAUUCAUAUACUAAAAUUCAUUUAGCAAAGAAACAGAGUUUUGGUUGA